CUCCUCUCAUGCAUAUAUAUACCAAGUUCUCUUUUUUGGCAUUACCAUCUCAAGUCUCAACCAACAAGCCCUUGUUUCACUCACGCCUACUACUGCCACUACCAUUUCCCCAACUUCCACGCCAACAAAACACAAAACGCCAAGACCAGAGAGAAAAAAAGAAAAAUUAAUCACAAACACCAUGGUAGUCUUCUGUUUUCUUGUUGAUCAGAAGAGAAAGGUGCGGCGGAGCAAGCCGGCGGCAGGCACGUGCUCGCGGUGCGGUGGCGGGGCCAGCGUGGCAGAUAUGAAGACGGCUACAAGAUUUUGUUACGUCCCGUUUUAUUGGAAAUCUUGGAGAGCUAUUAUAUGCACCUUUUGUGGAGCUACUCUCCGGUCUUACAGAUAAUUUAGACAUAGUCAUAUGUAUUAGUACUCAGAUUAGUAAGAGGUUUGAAAUUUUUUUGACCCCUUUUUCUUGUAUUCAAUUUAUUUAUAUGUGGUUCACAUAUUCUUUUUCUUGUACCUUUUUCUUUGUGUAGAUUUUGGGUGAAAUGAUGACUAGUGACUAUA